AUGCAGGGUACGUGCGCAAAUUGUGGGCGCCAGGCAGAGUCGAGGUGCUCAACGUGCAAAGUCGAGAUGUAUUGCAGCCGAGACUGCCAGAAUGAGCACUGGAAGGUGCACAAAAAGACCUGCAAGGAGAUCAGAGAGAGGACGAAGAGGAACAGAGAGGUUAAGUGGCUUCUGUGCGGGAGUCAUUUUCGGCAGCAGCUGCAAAAUGGCAGCUGGUUGCAACAGGCAGCCUUGCCUCCGCCUGUGACGGGGUUGCGGAACCAGGGGAACACUUGUUACCUCAACGCGAUCCUGCAAUGCCUUGUACAUACGAAAUUGCUAUGCCAGUUGGUGCAAGAAGUGCCGUCACAGUGCCUCCGAAAGCAGGACGCACGACAGUGGCUGGCACAACUGCAGCAGCUGAUCCACGACAUGCAUGAAGUUCACCCUUCGAGUUGCGGUGUCUCCAACAUCGCAGAGCUGAUUACAACGAACAAAGAGUUCGUGCGCGGCCGUCAGGCAGAUGCCCAUGAGGCGUUCAUGUUCAUCGUGUCCAGGAUACUGGAGGCCUGCAUCGCCGUCGGUGAUGGUAGCACAGACGUGGCAACACAGUCUGCAAAGGACUAUUCUGCGCAGGAGUCUCUCGAGAGGAGCAGCCUCCUAGGUCACGUUUUUGGGAUGGAUCUAGGGCAGAGAGUGCGCUGUCGGCAUUGCAGUUACUGUUCCGAGACAGCCCGUGUGGAGUACUGUCUCUGCUUGAGUUGCGCUGCUGGCCUCGAUGAUGGCGAUCGCGAGUCUUUCCAAAGGCACUCUGGUUACAGCGGUGGUGGAUUCUGUCGGGCUGACAUUCCCGGGACGACUCUGGAAGAGCUGCUCAGAAACUUCUCCAGGCUGGAGCGCAUCGACGGCUACAAGUGCGAGAAGUGCAGACAGACGGGGUGUGUGCGAAGCGCAUACAUCAAACGCCCCCCGAACAACCUCGUGUUUUACAUCGAUCGGCGGCAGGAUUCCAGCCGAUUCGGCAAGAUCAAUCGUGCCGUGCAGUUCCCUCAGGAGCUUGAUGCUGCACCUUUCGUGGAGGAGAGCUGCUCUGGAAGCUACCAGCUUUAUGGGAUCGUUGUACACCAGGAUUUCAAUGGUUCGACCUUCUUUGGACACUACAUUGCCUUUGUCAAAGACAGACAAGGGGGCUUGUGGCACCGGGUGGACGACGACCAGGUGUCACAAGUGCCAUGGUCCGUGGUCAAGGAACAGCGGGCCAAUCUCCUUUUCUAUACUGCGAAGACAGUGUCUUUGCCACCAUGUGAAGAUGGCAUCGGCGAACCAAUUUCAAGGCCAAAGUCGGAUGACACGGAUGGCAUGGGCAAAGGAGUAGUGAGGCGUGUCCAAGAAGAGCGCAGCGUGCCGGUGGCAAGUGCGUCGAAGCCUGGAUUUUGCCAACAAGAUGCGAGGCGAUGUGCCAACGAGACGACUGAGGACAUCGCAGAGACACGCAAGUUGCUGCAGUUGGCUGCGCAGCGAUGUUCGGAACUCCGCUCUGCGGUCGAGACUGCCAAGGCUCAGCAUGGGACUUCACUGGAGAAUGCCUCUGAGGUGAGGUGGUCGACGCCGGUUUCAACACCGUGCAUGUUUCCUGGAGGACUUAAUCAGCGAGCUGUGCGCUUUACAUCUGCCCCUCUGACGCCUCUGAGCGCAUUGUCGCCCACGCAGGCAGUCCCAGGGACGACGCAGUACUUUUGGCCGAGUGUGGCCUAUGCUGCGCAGCCUGUUGCAAGACAGCCUUUCUCGCUCCAGCUGCAUGCUCCACAGGUGUUUGGCACCUCACCCACAACAGCUCAUAGACAAGUGCAUGUGCCGGCAAUGUCUACAAUGCCAUCCUCGUUCAGUGCUUUGCUUCCCGGAGCUCACGUCGUCCAAUCCGUUGGGAAACCAAUCCAGCGAGUGGAGACAGCUGCGGUGGCCUCGAGGCAAGCAGUCAGGCAGACCGGGGACGGCACAGGGCCUCCCGGCACCAAUGAGCAGACGAGUCCAACCACGAACGGCCAGACAAGGCCGACUUUCGACCUACUGCUCUCUGGAACGCAAUGUGCAAAGUGCAAGGUCUACCUGUAUCAGGCACCGUUCUCACCGGCGGUUCGCUAUGUUGAUGGGGAGGAGCUUUUCGCAGUGCCAGCUGGUUGGGCGAUACUGCGGACUCGAGGUGGUCUACUUCUGUGGCUGGAACUCAGUGAGGAUGCCAAUCUGCUGGAGGCCAUAAAGGCUGCCGAGAAACCUCAGCCAACCGAAGGUCGUCAGGGCUCACCUGUGAGAGCAGCUGCAAGCCGGAGUUCAUCAAAGGACCGUGUCUCUAGAGGGAGGAAGUCUCUGUCUCCAAGUGCCUCUCGGCGAUUGCCGCUUGCCUUCACCCUGAGCCUCUCGGAGGAUGGAAGCAGGGCGGGAGCCACGGCUUCCCGGGCCUCGCAGUUGGCUGCCCGAUCUCGGGGCUGCUGCGCAGUGGACUCGCUGGUUUCGGUGCCGUGUGAAGAUGUGAUGGUGCUCCAGACACAAGGAGGCAGUGGAUUGGGAAUGCGUGCCUCGCUGUCGACACUGUCGGAAGGCAUUGCAAAAACAUCCGUUGAUGCAGUGUUCAAGGCGUGGCUGAGCUCAUGGAGAACUGAGAUGUGA